GCAAGCAUGUCGGAUCUAUAUCCAUCACUCACACAAUGUGCGGUUGUCGCCACUGCUUUCAAGAUUCUGUUGUGGCCAGCAUAUCGACAGAUUUCGAGGUACAUCGCAAUUGGCUGGCUAUAACAAAUUCCCUCCCAGUCAAAGAUUGGUACUAUGAGGUGUGUCCGUUGAACAGUGAUUGGGAAAAAGUGCUGAUUCGCAUGUCAGNNAAAACAUCAGAAUGGACUCUUGAUUAUCCCCCUUUCUUUGCAGCAUUCGAAUGGUGCAUGUCACAAGCUGCUCGGUUCUUCGACACCGAUAUGCUCCAAGUGAAGAACCUCGGACACUCUAGUUGGCAAACAGUCUACUUCCAGAGAGCCACGGUGAUCUUGACUGAGUUGANNUAUGUUCGUGGUGCACCUAUUACCGCUAAGAAAACAUCGCACGCGGCUGCGCUCUCUAUCCUCCUAUCUCCUGGUCUGCUCAUAAUCGAUCACAUCCACUUCCAGUACAACGGCUUCAUGUACGGCGUCCUCGUCCUCUCAAUCGUGCUGGCACGUAGGCAAUCGGGACUUCUGGCGAGUGGCAUCACAUUUGCAGUCUUGCUUUGUUUCAAGCACAUCUACCUCUACUUGGCUCCAGCAUACUUUGUCUUCUUGCUACGUGUGUAUUGCCUCGACCCUCGAUCGUGGUCCAAAAUUCGUUUUGCCAAAUGCGUCAAGCUCGGACUCGGAAUUGGGCUCGUGUUCGGUCUUGCAUUUGGACCGUUCGUGUACUGGAACCAGAUAGAUCAACUCCUGAGCCGCCUGUUUCCCUUCUCCCGAGGGCUAUGUCAUGCUUACUGGGCUCCGAACGUCUGGGCACUGUACUCUUUUGCCGACAGAAUUUUGAUUUACNUGCAUGUACUGUAUCUAACAAAAGUAGUGGCUCCUUACUUCAAUCUGUCCGUCAAUAGGGAGGCCAUCAAUAGUGUUACCCGAGGAUUGGUUGGAGACACAUCUUUCGCUGUACUUCCUGACAUCUCUCCACGAAUGACAUUUGUCUUGACUCUGGCAGCACAANUUGGACGAAUUGCUGACUUAAGGCAGCCGGCGCUUGUCAAGCUCUUUUUCCGACCAACUUGGGACACUUUCGUGGGAGCUUUGACGCUCUGCGGAUAUGCAUCUUUCUUGUUCGGUUGGCAUGUCCAUGAGAAGGCAGUUUUGCUGGUGAUCAUCCCCUUCAGCUUGAUCGCACUGAAGGAUCGCAGAUAUCUUGGAGCUUUUAGACCUCUUGCAGUCUCUGGUCAUGUUUCGCUCUUCCCGCUACUGUUUACGGCUCAGGAGUUCCCGAUCAAGACGAUUUACACCAUCUUCUGGCUUGUAGCUUUGCUAAUGGCAUUCGAUCAGCUCGCUCCAGCACCGAGAGUGUUCUUGCUCGAUCGUUUCUCCUUCGUAUACAUUGCGGUGGCAAUCCCACUUAUCGCGUACUGCUCGCUGAUCCACCAGCUAGUGUUUGGCGCAAAGUAUGAGUUCCUGCCGCUCAUGUUCACUAGCUCAUACUGCGCGAUGGGAGUGGUGUCAAGUUGGAUAAGUUUUCUGAUUGUGUAUUUUACUUCA